AACGUUUUUUAAUCUGCAUCCCAUAUGUCAACUGUCGUAUGUUGUCAUUCAAUUUUUGACAUCAACAUGUGAAUUGUGGUAUUUUUGUUGUUUGUAAGGUUAGGAUUGCAAGAUUUUAAAACCAAGUACAAAAAUUAACCCUAUCAUACAGACCAUUUCACUUGCGAAACAUGUCACUGAUUAUGACAAAAGCAGCACUUGCUUUAAAAAAUGCAGAAAGCAAUUUCCAGUUCGUAAAAUUCGAGGCACAUAAGGCUAAGAAAAAAGAACCCAAUGAAAGUGAUGAAUUAAGUAUUCCUAGAAAAGACCCCCAACAAUAUUCAAAGAAGGAUAUAGAUUUAAAGAAAAUAAGACAUGAAGUUGUGAAAUUCGGAAUGUCUGGAUUCGAUGCAACGAAAAAGGAAGAAGCAAAAAUUGCCCUUGCAGUGAGUUUAGGUGCAAAACCACCCAAAGGUCAAUACAUAAACUAUAAAGAAUUGAUGAAGAAAAGGAAACAAGAAAAGCUAAAGGAGCAAGAAGAAAAGCAGUUGAUGGCUUCAAAGACUGUGAUGAAGACUGCAGGCAAAAAGAAAAAGAAGGGAGCCAACAAUGAUGUUGGACACUUUUUGGCUGGAUAUGGAAAGGUACAGAAAAAAGACUUAAAAAAAGAUGAUAAGACACAGAAAAAGAAGAAAAACAAGAAAAGAACUAAAAUUGUGUAAUUAUUAUGCAUAUUUGUAAAUAAAUGUUUAAAACCGAUUUAAGUUUUUAAAUGAUGUGAAUUUAAAACAAAGUAAUAAGAAAGGAUAAACCAUUAUGUUUUAUCUUACUAAAAGCAACAUAAAAUAGUGCAAUGUUGAAUAAAGGGUAUAAAAAGUAA